AUGUCGGAAACACCACUUUGGAUGAGAUGGGCCAAGGUCAACCUUGUUGGUGCCGCUAUUGUUGGUUUCGGGGUACUUUGUUUCAAGUAUACCACUCCGUCCGAUGAACAACUUAUCAGUAGAAUGUCCCCAGAAGUUAGAUCACAAUACGAAAGGGAAAAAUCACUUAGAAGAAAAGAGCAGGAGGAACUUAUCAGAAUUGUGAAGCAGACGUCAGCCUCUAAUGACCCAAUUUGGAUGACUGGGCCAAUCAAAUCACCUUUAGAACACAGGGCCUUCCAGUUGAAGGAUAAGGAAAAGAGAGAGCGUGAUGUGGCUGCCGAAGAGCAGCAAAAGGAAUUGGCAGAUAUCAAGAAACAGAUAGAUGAGGCUCAGCAGACAGCCCGUUUGGAAAAUGAAAAAGCUAUGGCUUCUAGUGGUAAAGGCUGGCUUGGUUGGGGGAAGUAA